AUGCCUGGUUUCAUCCCCAAGAAGUUCCCCGGCAAGCUCGCCGAGCCUAUGCUCCCUUUCUACAUUGCCGGUCUCAUCGUCUUCUACGGAGUCAACAAGGGCGCCAAUGCCAUGAUGGACUCGGACGAAUUCAGAAACGAUCCCCGGAAUCCCCGUGCAAAGAACCCAGAUGCGGGAGGCGCUCAACACUGA